AUGACUAUCAAACUCAUCGGAUAUCCUGCCUUAGGUCCUACCACUAAAGUUAUUAUAACCCUUAAGGAAUUAGGUAUUCCUUACGAACUCGACCCUCCAGCUAGUUUUCAAUCUCUAAAGGAUGAUGAUUAUAUCAAGAAUAAGCAUCCAUUUGGAAAAAUACCAGUCCUUUUCGAUGGUGAUUUUAGAAUUACCGAAUCUCGUGCAAUUUGUCGUUACUUAGCAUCUAAAUACCAAGGCAAAUAUAAUGAUACGAUCUUGCUUCCUAACGAUGUUCACCAGGCCAGCCUAGUCGAUCAGUACAUUUCUUAUGAAUCAUUUUACUAUGACCCACCACUUUCAAAAAUUGUAUAUCAAGAAAAAGUCGCUAAAAAAUUCUUUGAUAAAGACCCAGAUCUCGAAGUUAUUAAAGAAAAUCGUGAAGAACUUGCUAAAGUUUUAGAUGUUUUUGAGAAGCUUUUAGAAGGAAAAGAAUAUUUGAAUGGCGAAUAUUCUUUGGCUGAUCUCUUUAUAUGUCCCAAUACUAAUUAUGUUUAUUGUAUUGACACACAUUCCGAUUUAUGGGAUAGUAGGCCUAAUGUUAAAAAUUGGUGGAAUAGGUUGUGUAAUAGGGAUUCUAUUAAGACAACUUUUGAAGAAAUCAAAAGCAAAUAUAAUAAUACAAUUUUAGUCACUCACGAUAUCCGCGAAGUCGGUUUAGUUGAACAAUUCAUAUCUUAUGAAUCAUCUUAUGAUGAUACACCAGUCUCAAAAAUUGUGUUUCAAGAGUUAUAUGUGAAUUAUAUAGGUAGCACUUUGGAUCCUGCAAUAAUUAAGCAAGACCGUGAAAAACUGAUGAAGUUUUGA